AUGGAGCUUACUGACGUGUGCCCUCUCUGUGGUCUCGAGCGCGAGGACACUUUUCAUGUGUUUUACAGGUGCCCAAGAGCUGUUGAUAUGUGGCAAGCCAUGGCGCAAGUUUGGCGGAUACCUGAUGUUAAAUCAAUCCGCAAUACAGGACCGGAGUGGUUCCUGAAUCUCAUCGCGGAGUGUGACAAGGGUGACCGCCUCAGAGUCCUCAUGCUUAUGUGGAGAUGCUGGCACGUGCGUAACGAGAUCCAACAUGACAAGGCACCGCCGCCCACGGAGGUGUCCCGACGGUUCCUUCAAAGCUACGCCACCUCACUGUUGGGGAUCCAACAAUACCCGGCCGGGGACUGGGACAAAGGAAAGAUGGUCAUUCAACUAGAGGGAGCGGAGCAGCCAAUAUCGCAUGUGGACGUUAGCUGGAAGUCUCAGCGCAAGUGGAGCCCGCCUCCGGAAGGUUGGGCGAAGCUCAACGUGGAUGGGUCAUUCUCACACGAGGAUGGAAGCGCCGGUGCCGGCAUGAUCUUGCGCGGGCACGACGGCGCCAUCAUUUUCUCUGCAUGCCGUUCGCUUCGGUUAUACCCGGACCCAUUGCACGCUGAGUUGGCCGGGUGCACGGAGGGACUCGGCCUAGCUUUGCAGUGGACGGAGUUGCCGAUUAUCCUGGAGUGUGACAGUAUGCAGGCCGUGCAGAUGAUCAAGGCCAAAGGACCGGAUCGUUCCCAGCAUGCGAUGGUGGUCUCAGAACCCAACAACCAGGCCGUGCGGAGGGCAGCCUCCACCAGCGGGUUGCUCCUCAUCCUCCUGCUCGUCGCCUUCACGGCGUCCAACUACUCGUCGCUCUACACUGAGCAGCUGCUCGUCGCGGUGCCCGCCACCCCGGCCUCCUCCUCCUCUGCCGCGGCGGGAACGGGAUCCCGCGCGAGCGACAGCAAUGCCGGAGUGGCGUGCGACGUGGCGAGGGGCGAGUGGGUGCCCGACCCGGCCGUGCCCUACUACACCAACGCGACGUGCCCGCUGAUCGACGCCCGGCAGGACUGCAUGAAGUACGGCAAGCCCGGGAUCGAGUCCAUCCUCCGGUGGCGGUGGCAGCCCCACGGCUGCGACCUCCCCCGCUUCGACGCCGCCGCCUUCCUCCGCCUCGUCCGCGGCAAGUCCAUGGCCUUCGUCGGGGACUCUGUCGCGCGCAACCACAUGCAGUCGCUCAUGUGCCUGCUCGCUAAGGUGGAGCAGCCGCGGGAGAUCGAGCCCAAGGACUGCGUGCACUGCACGCGCAAGUACCACUACCGGGAGCACGACUUCACGGUGUGCGUGUUCUGGACGCCGUUCCUGGUGCGGUGGAACCUGACGCGCGCCGGCGGGCAGCAGUUCAUGGACCCGCACAACGUGUACCUGGACGAGCCGGACCCGGAGUGGAGCCGCGACGUCGCCGGCUACGACUACGUCGUCCUCAACGGCGCCAAGUGGUUCACCCGCCCCACCGUGCUCUACGAGGGCGGCCGCCUCCUCGGCUGCGCAAACGUCGACGGCUGCGUGGCCAAGCACAACGCCACCGCCGUGUCGCCGCACUACGCGGUGCGCGCGUCGUUCCGGACCGCGCUCCGGGCGCUCGCGGGGUUCCGCGGCCGGGUGGUCGUCCGGACGGUGGCGCCCCCGCACUACGAGAACGGCAAGUGGUACGACGGCGGCAACUGCCUGAGGACGGGGCCCCUGCUGAACAACGAGAGCAGUCUUCCGGAGACCGAGGGCGCGUUCCACGCCGCGCAGGUGGAGGAGUUCCGGGCCGCGACGGCGGAGGCGGCGGCGGGGAGGUUCGUGCUGAUGGACGUGAGCGAGAUGAUGCAAAUGAGGGGCGACGGGCACCCCGGGCAGUACGGGCACUGGCCACACGAGAAGGUCGGCUUCGGCAUCGACUGCGUGCACUGGUGCCUGCCCGGGCCCGUCGACGCUUGGAGCGAACUGCUGCUGCAUUUGCUGACAUGA